CGUCAAGCCACGCUCAGUCGAUCGUCGUCAUCUCUCGCGAACGUAUCUGAUUUCGCACUCGCAGCUACCAUUCGAAUAAUAGCCAGUAACAUCGUACAAUCACUAUACAUGUGUUACGUUCGUGAGGCGAAUAUAUAAUGAAAAUCAUAUGUUACCGUCAUUGAGAAACACUGGAAUUUUUUGACACUUGACAUUAUCGCGCACGUGUACGUUUUCGCGCCAUGUAUCUCGCAGAAAGUCAAACAAAUUCUUAACAGGAAUUUCUCGCAUGUCUCUCUCAGAUGGAAUAUUCCAUUGUCAAAAUAGGAGAAUAAUCUUCAAUGUUUCAGUAUCUUUUUCUACAAUUUUUUUCAUAAAUUUUUUCAUAAACUUCUUUUUUAAGCUUUUAAACUGCUAAAAGAUAGUUGAAAUUGUUAAAUUAUAGCGAUGAAUCAUGCAUAAUUAAACAAAGUAAAAUUGAUAAAGUUAAAUGUUGAGUUCGAAGAAGAAAGAAUAAGGAUACGAUAUAUAGGAUAAGGCAUAAUAUAUAGCAGAACAUAAAAGCAAAAAUGGGAGCUGCAUCGGAAAGAGGGUACUUUCAUUGGAUCGACUGGUUGGUGUUUGCACUUAUGCUUUUCAUAUCUGCCGCAGCCGGCUUAUGGCAUUUUAAAAGGGCGCAAAAGUCGAACACACAAGACUAUCUGCUCGGAGGAAGAAGCUUAGGACUCUUUCCCGUGUCCGCUUCUCUCGUUGCCAGCUUCAUAUCAGGCGUGACGAUCUUGGGUACUCCAGCAGAGAUUUACAACUUUGGUACGCAAUACUGGAUCACGAUCAUCUCGAUUUUCUUUUCCGGUAUCGUAGUUGCCACCGUGUAUCUCCCUGUCUUUACCACCUUGCAACUUAAUUCCGUUUACGAGUACUUGGAGAUUCGAUUCGACCGGAGCGUACGAAUCCUCAUUUCUUUUAUUUUCGUCUUUGAUGCGGUUCUCUAUCAAUCGAUCGUAAUUUACGUCCCCGCACUGGCACUAAAUCAAGUUAGCGGUAUCAACAUAUACUUGAUCGGAUCCAUUGUAUGUCUGGUCUGCGUUUUUUACACCGUUUUGGGAGGUAUUCGAGCCGUGGUUUGGACAGAUGCGUUACAAGUCGGGGUGAUGAUAGCGGGAGCAGUCACAGUCGCUGUUCUAGGUACCUAUCAGCUGGGAGGAAUGUCUAAGAUUUUGAGCAAAGCUAUCGAUGCUGGACGCAUCCAAUUUUUAAAUUUUGAUCCAUCGCCCUAUACGAGGCAUACCGUUUGGACGGUGCUGAUUGGUUCUUGGAUAUAUUGUACUGCGUACAUUUCCGUCAAUCAAACUAUGGUGCAACGAUAUAAAUCAUUAGAAAGUACAAGAAAAUCGCAAUUAUCCAUCGCGAUAUUUACCAUCAGCGUAAUGAUGUUUAUUUCAAUAUGCUGUUGGUGCGGCUUAGUCCUUCUUGCUUGGUGGUCGCCACCAAAAUGCGAUCCAAGAGUUUCUGGCUUAAUUACGGCCGACGAUCAAUUGCUGCCGGCUUAUGUCAUGGAGAUUGCAGGUCACCUGCACGGAAUACCUGGCCUAUUCAUUUCCGGAGUUUUUGGCGCAGCGCUCAGUUCGUUAUCCGUAGGCUUCAACUCGACAUCCGUUGUGAUUCUAGAGGACUUCAUUAUGGGUUGUUUUAAAAUGAAACUCAGCGAUCGUUCUUGCACUAUUUUCGUGAAAAUCCUAGUCGUCUUUUUCGGUCUGCUGGCGUUCAGUUUCCUUUUCCUGAUCGAGAAAUUAGGGGGAGUUUUAUCCGUGACAAACAGUUUGGCCGCCAUCGCUGCCGGGACUUCUUUUGGCGUUUUCACUUUAGGAAUUUUAUUUCCAUGGGCAAAUUCCAAGGGUGCCUUUAUUGGUGCCAUUGCAGGGUUCGCGGUAGCCGGAUGGGUUAGUUUUGGAGCAAACGCGGCUAUCGGUUCUGGCCUUAUAGUGCCAAAGAAACUUCCAGUUCCGUCUUGCUCCGGAGAUAUUAACCAUGAUUUUGUAAAUCAAUUCGAACGAUCAAACGAAGACAACGUAUUUCCAUUAUAUCGGUUGUCUUACCACUGGGUUGCCCCUAUUGGCACAUUGGUAGUACUUGUGAUAGGCGGAUUAGUCACCUGGAUAACAGGUGCGAGGAAUCCCUCAUCGAUCGAUAAGAAACUGCUCUCUCCGGUGAUUCAUAGAUGGUUACCUCGACCGAAAUAUCAAAAUGAGGUAAAUGAAUUGUGCGUGUCAGUACCGACAGAUCCGCAAAUAUCGACGAACAAUUUACUGUCGGCAGUCAUCCGCCAAAAAACCCAUAUUUUUCCACAAAAAGAAGAGACGAAUAAAUCAUCAUGAUCAACCGAUAAAUGUAUAUUAAAAAUUAGGGCAAUCGCGCGAGAUUUUCAAAUUUUCCUACAGUUUGGUAACGGCCGUUUUUAUGCUUUAUCAAAAUACGCAUUUAUAUGGAAAUUAAGUAGGGAAAUAUGCAUAAAUAUGUAAGGAUGUAUAA